AUGGCUCCCCAAAAGGCCACGGAGAAGAUGAAGCAAAAAAGCUUGAUGUCGUGGUUUGGAAAGCCUAACGCUGCACCUAAGAACGGUGAAGGGAAAGCUACCCAGGCAAGACAGGAUCCGAAGAACUUGCCGAACAAGGAGAAGCCCCGUGUUGAGCCUCCCGCUACUCCUCGCACUCCUGACCUCAAGAGACCGGGCAAUGCGACCUUGUCCAGCUCACAACCUUCGGCCGCGACAUACACGCGGUCUUCGGACGGGGAUGGAUGGAGUAGUAGCAAGGAAACGCCGCCAACGAGCGACGCUAUUGAUGUAGACAUGCUGUCUGAGGAGGAGGACGCAAAAGCCAGCGUAUCUAAACCGAGAAUCACUAAGCGGAAGAAAGUCCUCAUGGACUCAGAUGAAGAAGAAAUACCCGGAGACAUUUCCAAUAAAGCAUCCUCUAGCUACCGUUCAUCUUCGCCUGUGCCGCUAUCUUCCAAAAGUCAAGUCAAGAAGGCAAGAGUAUCUCUUGUUCCUUCGGAUGAUGAAGGCGAUGACAGCGCUACUGUGUCAUCCUUCUCGAACCGCCUCACGCGGUUCCGCAAGUCUCCAACGAAGAGGCGUGGUUCUCAAUCCGGAGAUGACGACGAUUUUAUUGUCCCGGAUGACGAAGACGACGACGACGAACCUCCGGCUCGCGGCCGUGGUCGUACUCACGGCCGCUCCUCGUCGACGUCAUCGCGCUCGAGUGUCCUUUCAGAGGACGACUUCGACGAAGAGGAUGACGACGAAGCACCGUCCAAGACAAAGAGGACGAAGAGCAAGGCGACACCGUCCCGGCCAGCACUGAAGAGUACUGACAGUGGGCGGCGAUCGUCUGACACGUUUCUUACCGCGGCCGAGCAGCGCAUGCAAGCACAGAAAAACGAGAAGAAGAGUACAGAGGAGCCGUUCUCUUUCCUCGUCGACCCGAGAGACAAAGACGGUGUGCGCCCCGGAGAGCCGGGUUAUGACCCGCGGACUCUGUUCAUCCCGAAAAGUGCGUGGAAGGGAUUUUCGCCCUUCGAAAAACAGUUCUGGGAGAUCAAACAAAAUCACUAUGAUACGGUGCUGUUCUUCCAGAAAGGGAAAUUCUAUGAGUUGUACGAGGAAGAUGCGCGUAUCGGCCAUCGUGAAUUCGACUUGAAAUUGACGCAGAGAGUGAAGAUGUGCAUGGUGGGCGUUCCGGAGAUGUCAUUCGACUUCUGGGCUGCCAAAUUCUUGGGCAAAGGCUACAAAGUCGGGAGAGUUGACCAGGCGGAGACUGCUCUGGGUGCCGAAAUGCGGCAGAGUAAGUCUAAAGGUAAGGCCAUCGAUGACAAGCCAAAGGAAAAGAUCGUGCGACGCGAUUUGAAUAAGGUUUAUACCAAUGGCACUUUGGUUGAUGACCAACUCUUGUCAGACGAGCAGGCGGGUCACUGUAUCUCCAUCCGCGAAGAGCCUAUCGACGGGGAUGCCAGCAUAUCCAGCUUUGGUAUAUGCGUUCUAGAUAGUUCCACGUCGGAAUUCAAUCUCAGUUCCUUCGAGGACGACGUUUGUCGGACAAAGCUGGAGACGAUGAUGAGACAACUCCGUCCAAAGGAACUCGUGUUUACGAAGGGUAACCUCUCCGUGCCCACUACUCGUCUGUUGAAGGGGGUGUUGCCCAGCUCAUGCAUGUGGACAACUCUCCGAGACUGCGAAGGAUUCGACUACGACUCUACCAUACGAGAGCUGAAGGGUCUGUACCCGCCCAUAGAGGAGGAAGAUGCCAUGAUGGAGGACGAUGCUCUGGGGAGCGGGGUGCCUGACGCAAUACGAGCCAUGAUACCUUCAAAAACCGCAAUCAUCGCUUUGGGAUCGAUGAUCUGGUAUUUGAGGCAACUCAAUAUCGACAAGGACCUUCUCAGCAUGAAGAAUUUCAACGUCUACGAUCCCAUGAAGAGAGGGCAAGGGCUUGUUCUUGAUGGCCAGACAUUGGCGCAUAUCGAAGUCUUGGUGAAUAGCGAAGGAACAGAAGAGGGCACUUUGCAUAAGCUCUUUAAUCGCUGCGUCACUCCCUUUGGGAAAAGAUUAUUCCGAAUAUGGCUUUGUAUGCCGUUACGAGAUGUGUCGGAUAUCAACGCACGGCUCGAUGCUGUGGAAGAUCUUCUUGAUCAUCCCACCUUCGAAAAGGAAUUCACUGAUAUCGUCAAAGGAUUGCCUGAUCUCGAGCGCAUAGUUUCACGCAUCCAUGCCAGAAACUGCAAAAUCACUGAUUUCAUCAAAGUUCUCGGUGCUUUCAGCAAGCUUAACCAAGGCUUAGCAGACAUGGCUGAAGCUUCCGAGACGUUUAAAUCGAAAACAAUUUUGGGCUUAUUACGGUCAGCACCUGAUUUGAAGCAAAACAUAAAGCACGUUGAACGGAUGUUCGUCAAGCCGGAUAAAGGGUCGGACGAACUCGUGCCGAAAGAAGGAAAGGACGAGGCAUACGACGGUAUCAUGGAAGAGAUCGCUGGACUUGAAAAAGAGCUCGAAGACGAGUUGCAGAAGUUGGAGGAACAAGUGGGUUUUUCUUUGAACUACUGGCACAGUGCUACAGGUACCAAGGAUAUAUAUCUUGUCCAAACGCCCGCGUCUCGCAAAGAAAUACCUAAGACUUGGACCAAAAGCGGGUCUACUAAGGCUUACUCGCGCUGGCUGGUUCCGUCACUUGUGCCCACUAUCCGCAAGCUGAAAGAAGCCCGAGAGAAUCGCAGUACAAUCAUCAAAGAGUUCAAGAAUCGUGUUUUUGCGGAGUUUGAUGCUGAUCGUGCUGUCUGGCUUCGCGCAAUUCGCGUGCUAGCGGAGCUUGACUGUUUGUUCAGUCUUGCGAAUUCAUCGACUGCUCUGGGUGAGCCUGCAUGCCGCCCCGAAUUCAUCGAAGGGGAUGCCGCUUCGUUGGAAUUCGAGGAGCUGCGACACCCCGCUUUGACUGUUAGAACAAGCAGCUUCAUUCCCAACGAUGUCAAACUCGGAUCAGGUGGCAGAAGGGUUGCUUUGCUAACAGGACCAAAUAUGGGCGGCAAGUCUACGGUCAUGCGGAUGACAGCGGUUGGCGUUAUAAUGGCUCAACUGGGGAUGUUGGUGCCGGCCGCCAAAGCCAGAAUAUGCCCGGUGGAUGCUAUCCUGACUCGCAUGGGAGCUUAUGACAAUAUGUUUGCCAAUGCUAGUACCUUCAAGGUCGAGUUGGAUGAAUGUUCGAAGAUUCUCCGCGACGCAACACCCAAAUCUCUCGUUAUCCUGGACGAACUGGGGCGUGGAACUUCGACCUACGAUGGGAUGGCUAUCGCUGGUGCUGUUCUGCACCAUUUGGCAACUCAUACUUUGGCGCUGUCAUUCUUCGCCACUCACUACGGUUCUUUGACGGAUGAUUUUGCGUACCACCCCAGCAUCCGCAACAUGCACAUGGAGACACUAAUCGAUGAUGAAAAACGCGAGCUUGUGUUCCUUUACAAGCUUGUAGAAGGAGUCGCAGAGUCUUCCUUCGGUACGCACAUCGCCAACUUAGCCGGUGUACCAAGGGAAGUAGUGGAACGUGCGGCCGUCGUUUCAAAUGACUUUGCCAAACAAUUCAAAGAAAAAGUCGAGGGGCGGAAGAAAAGGUCGAGACUACCUCUUACAGCCCAGGCCGACUUCGCGUAUCUUUGUGGACUGGGCUUGGGUAAACUGAAGCUGGAUGACGAUCCAGUGAGGAAGAGUCAGGUGCUGCGGAUCAUUAAAGGAGCUGUUGGGAAGUAUAUCGUCGAGUCGCAGCAGCGAAGUGCUGCUGCAUGAUUCCUCUAACUCGUUAUUUGAUGUCGAUUUCGCUUGCUGUGUGGAUGGUACUGCUGAUGUACUUACCGGCUAUUCUGCUAGAACUUCCUCACACCCUUCGCCUCUAUGCACGCCGUAUAUAAUGCUGUACUACAGCACUAAUAAUGGAUUGUCGUAAGUUCAUCG